AUGCAGGGUCAUGAGGCAUCGGGCCCCGGUGCGCUCGCAGGCCUCCCAUCCACUCUCAGCACAGUGAUAGGCUCCCCGACGACGUCACCGCUCGAUCUCGUCGCCUCAACCCUCUCAACCGCCAUACAAUCCCCAACCGGCCUAUCUCACCAACAAAUCCAGCAGAACAUCCAGCAUGUCCUCUCAACUAUUUCGUCCGACUACGAAAAUGGCCGCGCAGUUGCCGCCGGUGGCAACUCCCCCGGCUCCACCGGCAAAGGCAUCCUGAUUGGGAUCCUAUCUGCCUUCGGCUCGGCGGCUAUCGCAUUCCUCGUUCUUGCGAUCUUCUUUUUCUUCAAAUAUACCCGUCGCGGGCGGAUCAUGCUCGAUCGCAUUGGUCGGCCCGGUGAAUUCGACGAUGAGCAGGCCUUCGCCCGGGAGGAGGAAACGGCCCUCGAGGGCAUGGAUGAUUUGUCGCGGUCGGAAUAUCUACGAGCCAAAGCCUUCGUUCAAGUCAAUCCUCCCGAAUCUAUGCAGACCGAUAUCUCUCUCUCCCAAUUCCUCGCGAUUCAAGAAAAGGGCGUCUCGGCGUGGGAAUUCCAGCCUGAAUUGGAAAUCGCAAAUUGUUUCGUUGAAGGGCGUACGGAGAUUGAAUUCUUCGAUUCCGAGUGCAGUGUGCAGACCAAUCUUCCCAUUCCCAAGCAGAAUGAGGUCUACUAUUGGGAAGCCAAGAUUUACGAUAAACCCGACUCAACCAUGAUCGGAGUCGGUCUUACAACAAAACCAUAUCCUCUUUUCCGAUUACCCGGUUUCCACAAAACUUCUGUUGCCUACGAAUCCACCGGCCACCGCAGACACAACCAGCCAUUCUCACCGACACCGUAUGGGCCUCCACUUCUUCAAGGCGACGUUAUCGGUGUCGGCUACCGACCUAGAUCUGGUACUAUCUUCUUUACCCGCAACGGAAAAAGGCUCGAGGAUAUCGCCCAUAAUUACCGGGCCCAAAAUCUAUUCCCUACGAUCGGGGCCAAUGGCCCCUGCAGUAUUCAUGUCAAUUUUGGCCAAAUGGGCUUCGUAUUCAUCGAAGCAAAUGUUAAGAAAUGGGGCUUGGCCCCCAUGACUGGCAGCCUCGCCCCGCCCCCACCCUAUGGCAGUGAACAAGGCAGCAUUUUGCUGGAGUCGGGCCGGGAGAGCGCCGCCACGAUUUCGCAGCGGGUUUAUCAAACCCACACCGCCAGAAGUUCCAGCAUUGGCCUCCCCCAAGCCGUCAGCCCUGGCCCUGUCCGUUCUCCAACCGACAUCUCACUCGCUCAAUUGGCUCAUAUUUCUUCCAACGAAGAUGCCGGGGAGGGAUCCAGCCGUUUAGACGACAGCGAGAGCAACAACCCUGCUCCUGUGGGAGAACCAGAUGAAAAUGGCGUCUUGCCUCCGGAAUACUCGAGCCCGGGGAGUAGCCGCAGGGGCAGUGAUGCCAGCUUGGAAUUCCCUGCCCAAAACUCUGAAGACUUGCGUUCUCCGCGAGAGAACGAUCAUCAAGAAUUCCAAAAUCUGCCAAGCUACCAAGCAGCGGUAGAUCGGGAAGAGGAUGACCUGGACUAG